UACGUCUCAUUUAUUCAUUCCCUUCUUAAUUGCGUUUGCCAAAAAGUUUGCUUGGUUUAUGAAAAAGCACAAAGAUGGUGAUGACCUCAUUUCACGGCGGAAGCUCCACUUGUGCUACGGCAAUAAAGGCAGCAUCGCUGGUAUUGACGCUGUUUUUGAUUCUUGAUUCUCCGGCAGCGAUGGGGAACCCCGUGGUUGACUUUUCCAGCAUAGAGGAGGCCGGCUAUGGGGAGGAGAAGCUUUCCACUGUUCUGAUUGAUGGUACUGUCCUCUGUCAUCCUUGUCUCUACGCUCAAAAGGCGGCGGCUCGUCACGAUCGUCUCCGCCAGCCUCCGCCACAACCAAUCUCAGGUGCUUCCGUGGGUGUUUAUUGCGGCGGCAGAAGGGGAGGGAGAUGGCGGCGGUUAUGGGCGCGGAACACGACGGACGAAUACGGUGAGUUCCUCAUAGAUCUGCCUUCACAUCUCCAUGCAAUUCCAAACCUACAAAAUAAUUGCUGGGUUAAGGUUCUUCAUCUUCCAAGGGGUUCAGGUUCAACCUGCACCACCCACCCAUCUUUUACAAGGAAACGCAAAGGCAUCAAGCUCACCGCAAUCCGCGGCGACACCGGCCUCCGUACUUAUACCGCUCACAACAUACAUAUCAACGCUAAAGCAUGCACAAAAAGAUAACAGACAAGAGUAUUAAU